AUGUUUCCAUUUCUCCAACCAAACCAUUCAGCUGCUGAUGAAUAUGUUCUCAGCUUCAUUACCUUACUGAUUAGAGUUGGAGGUCUUAAAAAGAAGGAAGCCCUCUCUUCUUUACAAUCUUUGGCUAAUAUGCCUAUUGUCUCUACCUACCAAGAAAUGAAGAAGUUCGCUUUUGAUGUGGGUAUUCUAGCCAUAUUUGGCCAUUUGGAGUGUUCUUACAAGGAAAUGUUGAAACAUAACUACAAUAUUGUGGACAAAGGCUACAACUUUUUCCCCAUGAACCUCCCCGGAACAUCGUAUCACAGAGCUCUCAUGGCGAGGAAGCGGCUAAAGACAACAGUAAGCGAGAUUAUACGCGAAAGAAGAGAGAAAAGCAUUUUGAAAACUGACUUUCUUGGCCAUCUACUCGACGUUAAGGACGAUAAAGGUCGUGUGCUAACCCAAGAACAGAUUGCGGACAACAUCAUCGGAGUCCUUUUCGCCGCUCAAGACACAACAGCUAGUUGCCUAACUUGGAUUCUUAAGUACUUACAUGAUAAUCAGAAACUUCUAGAAGCUGUCAAGGAUGAACAAAGAGCUAUAUACGAAGAAAACAGUAGAGAGAAGAAGUCUUUAACUUGGGGACAAACGAGGAAUAUGCCACUAACACACAAGGUUAUACUUGAGAGCUUGAGGAUGGCAAGCAUCAUAUCCUUCACAUUCAGAGAAGCAGUGGAUGAUGUUGAGUAUAAGGGAUAUUUGAUACCGAAGGGAUGGAAAGUGAUGCCACUGUUUAGGAAUAUUCAUCACAAUCCGAAAUACUUUUCAAACCCUGAGGUGUUCGAUCCAUCUAGAUUUGAGGUAAAUCCAAAGCCAAAUACAUUCAUGCCCUUUGGAAGUGGAGUUCAUGCUUGUCCUGGGAACGAACUCGCCAAGAUACAGAUUCUUAUCUAUCUCCACCAUUUAAUUUCCAAAUUCCGAUGGGAAGUGGUGGGAGGAGAAGAGGGAAUAGAGUACGGUCCAUUUCCAAUCCCUCGAAAUGGUCUGCUCGCAACAUUUCGACAACAUUCUCUUUAGUUCUUCAAACCUUUAAAGUAUAUAAUAUAUAAUAAAAUUAUUAUUAGUAUUUGUUAAUUAAUUAGCAUUAAUUUUUUAUUUAUCUAAAUUUCAUAAAAUAUGUAAACCCCUUUGAGAUUUAUUUAAAGAAAAUUGUUAUUGUAGUC